CGGGCGCGGCGGCCGCCCCUCAGCCCGCGCCCGGCCUCCGCCGAGGACCAUGGGCGAUGCGCUACUCCCGGCGCGGGAGGGUGCGCACAAGAGGCGCCGGAGGAGGAUGGAAGUAAAAUACGGAUACACAUUGACUAAGGAGUUGGAAUAAGACUGAGUCCUGCUCUGUGCUAUUUAUACCUGGACCAUGGACUUGCUGUUUGACUUCAUGCUUUAGGAAUCUUUGUAGUGACUGUGUGAAGCUGUCAGAAAUCAUGGCAUUCUCUCCAUGGAAGCUGUCCUCUCAGAAACUUGGCUUUUUUCUGGUGACUUUUGGUUUCAUUUGGGGAAUGAUGCUUCUGCAUUUUACUAUUCAGCAACAAACACAACAUGAAAGCAGUUCAGUUCUGCGUGAGCAAAUUUUGGAUCUCAGCAAAAGAUACAUCAAAGCAUUAGCUGAAGAAAAUAAAAAUGUGGUUGAUGGGCCUUAUGUUGGGACAGUGACAGCAUAUGAUUUGAAGAAGACACUUGCAGUCUUGUUGGAUAAUAUCUUGCAACGUAUUGGGAAGCUAGAGUCCAAGGUGGAAAAUCUUGUACUUAAUGGAACAGGAGCAAACUCUACCAACAGUACUACCACUCCUGCUCCCAGCUUAGGAGCAGCUGAAAAGCUUAAUGUAGCAGAUCUCAUAAAUGGAGCCCAAGAACAGUGUGAAUUGCCUCCUAUGGAUGGUUUUCCUCACUGUGAAGGGAAAAUAAAGUGGAUGAAAGAUAUGUGGCGAUCGGAUCCCUGUUAUGCAAGUUACGGUGUAGAUGGGUCCACAUGCUCCUUUUUUAUUUACCUCAGUGAGGUUGAAAAUUGGUGUCCUCGUUUACCUUGGAGAGCAAAAAAUCCUAAUGAAGAAACUGAUCAGAAGACAAUGGCUGAGAUCCGCAUCAACUUUGAUAAUCUCUACAAAAUGAUGUCAAGACAUGAGGAGUUCAGGUGGAUGAUGUUACGCAUCAGACGAAUGGCUGAUACCUGGAUUGAAGCAAUUAAAUCACUUGCAGAAAAACAAAAUUUGGAGAAGAGAAAACGAAAAAAGAUUCUUGUUCAUCUGGGGCUUUUGACAAAAGAAUCUGGAUUCAAGAUUGCAGAAAAUGCGUUUAGCGGUGGCCCGCUUGGUGAAUUAGUCCAGUGGAGUGAUUUAAUUACAUCUCUCUACUUACUGGGCCAUGACAUCCGGAUUUCAGCUUCACUGGCAGAGCUCAAGGAGAUUAUGAAGAAAGUUGUAGGUAACAGAUCUGGCUGCCCUACCCAGGGAGAUAAAGUCGUAGAACUCAUUUACAUUGAUAUUGUGGGACUCACUCAGUUUAAGAAAACCCUUGGACCAUCAUGGGUGCACUACCAGUGUAUGCUGAGAGUUCUGGACUCCUUUGGAACUGAGCCAGAGUUUAAUCAUGCCCAUUACGCCCAGUCAAAAAGCCACAAGACACCAUGGGGAAAGUGGAACCUUAAUCCACAGCAAUUUUAUACGAUGUUCCCUCACACUCCAGAUAACAGCUUCCUCGGAUUUGUGGUAGAGCAACAUCUGAACUCCAGUGAUAUUAAACACAUUAAUGACAUCAAAAGGCAGAAUCAAUCUCUCGUUUAUGGCAAAGUAGAUAAUUUCUGGAAGGAUAAGAAGGCUUACCUGGAUGUCAUUCACACCUAUAUGGAAGUCCAUGGAACUGUUCAUGGGACGAGCACCAUUUAUAUUCCCGGUUACGUUAAAAACCACGGUAUACUCAGUGGGCGGGAUUUGCAGUUUCUUCUGAGAGAAACCAAACUGUUCGUUGGUCUCGGAUUUCCAUAUGAAGGACCAGCUCCUUUAGAGGCUAUUGCUAAUGGAUGUGCUUUUCUUAAUUUAAGAUUCAACCCACCAAAAAGUAGCAAAAACACAGAAUUUUUCAAAGGCAAGCCUACACUCCGAGAGCUGACAUCUCAGCAUCCCUAUGCUGAGGUUUACAUUGGGAAGCCUCACGUCUGGACAGUAGACAUCAACGAUCUCUCUGAAGUUGAGAAGGCUGUGAAAUCAAUUUUGAAUCAAAAGAUUGACCCUUAUUUGCCCUAUGAAUUUACCUGUGAGGGAAUGCUGCAGAGGAUGAAUGCAUUUAUUGAAAGACAGGAUUUCUGUCACGGGCAGGUGAUGUGGCCCCCAUUAAGUGCCCUUCAAGUCAAAAUUGCUGAACCUGGAAAAUCCUGUAAACAAGUUUGUCAGGAAAGUCAGCUCAUCUGUGAGCCUUCCUUCUUCCAGCAUCUUAACAAGGACAAAGCUCUGCUUAGGCAUAGUAUCGAAUGUCUCACCAUGGAGUCUGCAAACGAUAUUCUGGUCCCCUCUUUUGAUGCAAGAAGGAAGCACUGUGUUUUCCAAGGUGACCUCUUACUGUUCAGCUGUGCCGGAUCCCACCCAACCCACAGAAGAAUCUGCCCCUGCAGAGACUAUAUUAAGGGGCAGGUUGCGCUUUGUAAAGACUGCCUAUAGCAGCAGCCGCAGAGCUUCUUUUGAGCUGAGGACAAAAUGACCUUAAUCCUGAGAGAUUGUUGAAUAUCCGAAAAGGACACCGGGGAGCUGUGGAGCAGCAGGAUCACCAGUAAGUGGGUUGUGAUAAUGAUAAAAUCUGCUGCAUUUUAGAGUAAUUUUCCAGAAACAGAACAGCUGAGUCCUAAUGGGAGGCAAACUUUUUAUAUGAAAACAGGCACAAACUAGUAUGAAAAUCCUUACUGUUACCACAGCUCAGCAUUUGCCUCAGUCAGCACAAACGUAGCUUGCAGCAGUUUUAAUACCCUGGAAAAGCUGGGGGAGGAGGAUUGGCAAUGGGUCUGAGCAGGAGCAACAAUUCCUUGUCUAUUUAUACAAAAUAUCCCUCCACGUAGCUGUGCAUAUUUGUGCAACUGGAAUUUAUCCUGUGUACUAAAAUACACUCAUACCUGGUGCUGAAAGUAAAGGCAACAGCAGAACUUUGCCUUCGCCUCUUCAGCCUGAGGUUCUGCAGGCAGGAAAGAUCUCACAGACUGAUGUUGGAAAGAGAUUCAUGUGUGUGCACUUAAAGAAUGCAAACCAGGUAGUCUUUGCUGUAGUGUGACUCUGCUGUAAAUACGUAUUUGCUUCUUCUCCCCCACUGUAUGCUCCCCAUGGCACACUGCCUCUGAACCGUUCAGGUGGGAGGGGUUUGGUAUUUGUUAUUCUCAGAUUUUCUGGUCUAGUGCUUUGCUCAGUGCUAAGUUUGCCGUUACCACAGCAGGGAGAGUCUAUUACAACCUCGGGGUUUUUUGAUGCUGUAGCACUGUUUCUCUCUAGUCUACUGAACUGAAUUACUGCAUCCUGGCAAAAUUGAGACAGCAAGCACCAGCACGGCUGGCAUUUCAGCCAGGGAUGGAGCAUCUGAAUUGGCCUCGGAACCAUAGGAUCUGACCCUCUUUCCAUGAACUCUAUAGAGAAGACCCAUUAAUCUUAAACAAAUCAAGGCCUAUGAUUAAAUAGGCCUCUAUUAGCAAUUCUCCACUCUAUUUUCAGAAGAAAUAGUCCUUGUAUUAGAGAUCCAGUCUAAAUUUCAGUAAAAGGAAGUGUCGGGUGAGAACUCCUAAGUGUGUAAGCUUUGUGGACCUCACUCACCAACCCUGAGGCAGCUCUUGCCUAUACAGGUCAGUGUUUGUUUGUGCAGUGAUCCAACAGGUGAAUCCUUUCAGAGGCAAGCACUCAGACAAACCCAUGUGGGGCUACCUAGAAGCUUGAGUGAUUUACCAAACUGUUUAAUGUAUACCCACAUUUCAGGAGAGAGGGCAGCCUUCGGUCCACAUUCCGUAACUGUUUCCCUUCCUAAUUAAAGAAUAAAGGUGUAAUCCAGUUCUUGCACUUCAGGAUGCUAGAGAUGGGACUGUGCUACUACUCCUCAGCCUGACAGUAAAGCUUGCAGCUUCCUUUACUCAGAAAUCUGGUAUUUGCAUGACUUGCAUUUGAAUAUAUUGAUCAGCGACUGAUGGGGGAGGGGGGAAAUGUCAAAAGUUCAAUAUAAAAACCACUUGACAAGCUUUUAAAACAUAUCUCUCAUAUCAAGACAUUCUUUUGUUUCAAAAUUUUGUAUUUUUGUAUGUGACCUGGUUUGGUUUUGUUUGCUUGGUUGUUUGGUUUUGGUUUUUUUUUUUUUUUAAAAGAUCUUGUUCCUAUGAGAUUAGAGAACUUGAGAGAAGCAUUUACAUAUUUAUUAAAUUUAACAUCAAGGCUUGCCUUUGAAAGGUGAAGUUGGUAAAUACACACUGUUUAAAAAUGCCAAUUAAAACCUCAUUUAUUUCAUAUAUGCAAGUUGAUUUGCACAUGUAUAAACAGAGUUGCUUUUUGCAUUUUUUGCUUAGAUUCUAUGUUUCUUUUUGUAAUUUAUAGUGGCAGCUGUUGGCUUGUUUAUAUCAGGUUCUGUUUCUCUUACAAAUAUUUAAUGUUUAUGUGCCUUUUUUUUUUCUUGGGGGUUUAGAUGAGUGUUUGGAAUAUGGACACUGUCUGAACAAGUAUAAUGGAACACUAAUUACAGGGAACAAUAUCAAUCAGUGACUCUACAGCCUAGCAGUAGGAAUUUUGAAUGUUUUUAAGUAGUGGAGAAAUGCAUUCUAAAAGUAUAAGGUAAAGGUUAAUAAGAUAAGCUGUAACAUUAGUAAUUCUUGCAAAAUGUUGCUUCUGCAGGCAGAGUAGCUGUAAUGUGACAGGAGAGCUCCUGCUGGGAUGAGAUUUCUGUUUAAUGACCACAGAGCAAACUAAAGCCCUUACAUUCCCCAAGGAGACAGUGCUAACAGAAGACCUCUUGAAACAGCCAAGUCUGAUUUUUAACAGCAGGAGAGUUUAGAAUCCACAUUAAAGUCUGUGAGGUCUUGGUUUUUCAGAUAAAGACAUCAGUAUAUGGAAGUGCACAGGGCGAUUCCAGAUGCUAGCAGGAGAACAAAGUCCAUUUGUGAUACCUGAAUUUACGACUCUCAGUGGGCAGGGAGCGCUUGGAUUUUCAGCUCAUUGCAGAUGUUUUUCUUUUCAGUGCUACUGCUUUUCUGCAGAAAGUGGAUUCUGCAAAAUAGCUGCUGAUCAGGUUUCAGAUGGAGGUCUCAGAACAGGGUUGCAGACAGAGCCAGGGCUCUCUGCCUUCCCUGCUCAGCUCUGCUCCCAACUACUUGGUAGUGGCUGUUUACAGGUUGCUUUUUGACCUGCAUUCAGACUUGCUGAAAGUUUCUGUUGGCAUCAGCCACAGAUCAGGUGGUUAGCUGAUGUCUUCUCACUUAAUGAUGUUGUACUGCUAGCCUUGAAAGUCCUGGUCGAUGUCCUUGGCUCAUCCUUGAUGAGAAGGACAUGCCCUCCCCUUGCAAAAACGAGUGGCCUGUCUGAAUUACCAAGAUGAUUUACGAGUUUGCAGCACUCUUCAAAUAAACUCCAGAUUGCUUUCUCAGGUAUGUGUUUUGCUCAUAGUGCAUUUCAGGGCCAGAUUUUAUUAGUAAAAUAAAUUAAAUGGGAUGAAUCAGGCUGGAUACAAUCUCACCCAGGUCUAAUUAACUUCAUGACUCCCACUGUCUUCAGUGAUAGCAGAACUCCUCCAUUAGUUUUUCUUCAAAUUAAAAAAGCACCUCUCCCUUUUUAAUAAAUAUCACUGGAUUAGCAGUUCAAGAGCAGGCACUUGCAGGUUAUAUUGCACAUGUAUCAGCAGCUACUUCUGCUUGCAUAUGCACAGCAUAGAGCAGCUCUAAUUAAGUUGGUGUUACCUUAUUAAGUGUCAGUUGAAAACUUGCUUAAAUAGCUGUUGCUCCUACGGCUUGCAGCUGGAGUGGUGGACUCUUGAUUGGGGUUUUUUUGUAGACACUACUAGUUAGCAGUUUCCAAUGUCACAAGUCUUUUUCCAGGGGUGCUAACACUUUGGCGUGGCUGCUUCUUUGUGGCAUUUGCCCUACAGCUGCCAUGCCUUCAACUUUUGAUUUGCAACCUCUUUUCAUUUGUAGUUCUCCUUUGGUCCUGUUGUUUUAGGGACUGCUGUAAAGACAAGGAGAAUGAUGCACUGACAGAUGUCUGCUUUCAUUCAGGCUGGAAAGGCCAGGGACAGAGUUUCUUUAAGUUAUGCUUUAAUAAUAUUGCUGUAAAUGUAACAUCAAAACACAGAGUUUUCUGGGCAGUGACUUAAAUCUCAUCUUCAUAUUUUUAUGUAACUCUACAGAUUGUUGGUUUUUUUUUACUUAGUUUGUAAUUUCCAAGUAUGAUGUUUCAAUGGAAUGUAUAAACAGCAAACUCUGUGUUUCAGCUGUAAGAUGUUUACUGUAGGAAUGUGUUAAAAAUACCAGAGCCUGAACUCCAGAAUCCCUCAGGUGUGAGGUAUCCUCCAUGUUCUUUCUUCCAGGGGAAAACAACAAAGUUGCCAAAUUAAUUUGCUGUUAUAGUUGCAAUCCAUAGACGUCUGAAGAGCCCAUAGUAUGUUUCAAUCCAGCAACCCUCGCAACAGCACUAAGCCACCUGUUUAUUAAAUGUCAAAUCAGAUCCUCAGAGUUGUGAUUAAGCAAGUAGUAACUCCACCUGCCAUACACAGAAACUGCUUUACAGACCUUCAGUAACACACUUCCUCUGCUGGGAAGUGAGGUGCAGGUACUGAGGGACCGAGGUGGGCUGUGCAUGGGAUCAGAAUUUGCCACCUUGCAUAAGGGCUGGCAGAACUGAAGCCUUGGGGACUCUGCUGUUCUCACAGAUGCUUCUCUGUGCAGGAAAACAGCUCUAGUUGUGGUCUGCCCUGUUGUACUGGCCCCAGGUUGGUGCUCCUGCACUCGUGCUUGCCACACAGUAUAGGCAAAACUCAGAGGCUCCACACAGGAGCCAGCAAAAUCCUUGGCUUUAAAGAGAGCAUGCAAAUAACGCUGUGGCAUUUGCUGAAGCCAUCCCAGCACUGGCCAAGUGCAUGCAACACAUGCUAGCUCAGACUCCAACAGCUGUGAGGCAGUUUGAAGUAUCAGACAGGUACACGAUAUAGCAACUUAAAUUGCUGUCUGAAGGCAGUUAAUCUUAAUAGGGUUGUACCCAGAACUAAUUCAUUGCAUUCAUUAACAGGUUGGUUGCAGUACAGUGGCAGUGAAAACCAUUUUUAAGAAGUCAUGGGUUGAUUUUGGUUUUCACAAAGGAAUACAGCAGAGAAGGAAGAAAAAGCAGUUUUAUCAAAGGAAAAACAACUAAUUUUGUGAGGAAAAGCUACCCUGAAGAUUCUCAGAGAGCUAAAAGAAAAAAAAAAAUCUAAGAGAAUAUUUACAAAGCUAAGUUGAGCUGGAGAAGCUGAUCCCCCUGAGCUUGCUAGGCUGGCUGUGACUCUCUGGGAGAGUAAUCUGGGGCAGCUUUUUGGUUUCUGGUCUGAAUCAUUCCCUGGGGGAGUCCCCCUCCAUGGGUGAAGGGGAUCAAAGUACAAUUAAUCUCCACAGCACUGCAAUUAAAAAAGAAAACAAAUCAACAAACACCACCAACCUACUGAAAUCUGUUAAAAUGUGCUUGCUACUUUUUGUAGAUAAUUUGGAGUCAGUCAGAGUUUUUAUCUGUCUAUGAGAACUUCAGGGUCAGGCUGGUACUGUGUAUUUGGUUUUAAAGGUUGAUCCUUUGUUUUAUUUAAAUGGUUGUGUUCCACUAUAUUGCGUUCAAUCAGUUUAUGCAGAGAGAGCAGCAGGCAGCAGCUCAGAUGCUGUCAAGUUAUUGGGGUUCAAUUGGAUGGGAUCUCUUUUAGGUUGUUUUUUUUAGAAGAGUUAAAAGGUCUGUAAUGGCAUAGAAAAAUGCUUUGUUUUCACUGUUGUAGAAAAAAACUAGGGAGAACUUUAUUUUUCAAUAAACCUUUUUCUUGUGUGAUUUGGA